AACCGGUUUUAGACUAAGAUGGAUUUCCAGAACCGAGUUGGUUCGAAGACAGGAGGGGGUGGACCCGCCUCCUGGUCGGAAUCUAAUCGGGACCGGAGGGAACGAUUGGCGGCUUUAGCUGCCGAGACCAUUGAUUUGGCAAAGGAUCCUUACUUUAUGCGGAAUCAUUUGGGAACAUACGAGUGUAAACUGUGUUUAACUCUUCAUAACAACGAGGCCAGCUACUUAGCGCACACCCAAGGGAAGAAACAUCAAGCUAAUCUCGCUAGAAGAGCUGCAAAGGAGGCUAAAGAGGCUCCGGUACAACCUGCUCCUCAGAAGACCGGAGUAGAUAUCCGUAAGUUCGUGAAGAUUGGAAGACCUGGAUACAGGGUAACCAAACAGAGGGAUCCAGAGAACGGUCAGCAAUCUCUUCUCUUUGAGGUUGAGCUGGAGAUAUAUUCUAAUAUAUUAUAUAAAAGNUCCUGUAUCCUGUAUCAUACAGAAAAUGGCAAUAUUUCAUGUAAUAAUAAUUAUAUAAUUGUUCAGGUUGAACCCCCAGACAGAAAAUGGCAAUAUCUUCUGUUCGCUGCUGAACCUUACGAAACCAUCUCCUUCAAGGUUCCGUCUCGGGAGGUGGAUAAAUCUGAAGGCAGAUUCUGGUCUCAUUGGAACAAGGAGACGAAGGAGUUCUUCCUGCAGUUUAGUUUCAAGCUGAUAGAUCCAGCCAAGAAUGUGCGUCCCCCUCCUCCUGCUCUUAUCCCACCUCCGAACCGUCCUAAUGUUCCUCCUCCGAACCUUCCGCCCCCACCCAUGCCGCCAGGCACAGGGGUCCCGCCUCCACCCCCUAAUUUUAACAGGAUGGGGGGUGCCGGACGGGGAAUGCCCCCUCCACCACCAAACUUCAGAGCGUAGAAGCGAAGGGGCAUUUGUGUUGUGUUCAUUUUGUGUCAUCUGUUCAAUCUUAUUUACACAGUUUCAGAAUAAAGUAAAAUAAAAAUCAAACUCAUUUUUUCAUUUUUCAGA